CAUACCCUUCUUUAAUCUGUCCAACGUUUGGCUUAGCUAGUAGAUCUACACAGUAGAUGAGCCACAAAAGUGCUCAUGAUAGGACAGUCCAAGUGUUGUAUGUCUUGAACUUGUGCCACCAUGACACAGACUUAGUCAAAUUUGGGAGUAAAAUGUACCUCCAUGAAGUUGCUUCUACGAAGAAACUUUGUGUAGGAAUGACAGCUUGCAAGCAGCCAUCAAUGUGUACUGUUGCAUGCUAAAUAAUGUUGUCAUUCCUCGAGGACCUAAAGAAGGGAAAUGUGGCAUCUCCUCCACCUUUGGCAGCUCCACAGAUUGGUUCCAUUUGCUUUUGCUUUCCACAUCUUUUACUCUUCUCCUCCUUUAUAGUUGGUCUCUCCGGGGACCAUCAGAAAGUUGAAACGGAGAAGAGAGAGAGAGAGAGAGAGAGAGAGAGAGAGAGAGAGAGAGAGAGAGAGAGAGAGAGAGAGAGAGAAUGAGGGAGUUCAGCUACGAGGACAUCGAAGCUGCCACCAAAAGCUUCGCUUCCGAGCAGUUGAUCGGGAAGGGAAGCCAUGGAAGCGUCUACAGAGGCAGGCUAACCGACGGACGGAUCGUGGCGGUGAAGAAGCCAUCACGACUUUUGAACGACGACAAACUCAGCAAUGAGAUCGACAUGCUCGCCUCCGUCAAGAAUUCGGGCGUCGUCGAUCUUGUAGGCGUCAGCCGAAGCCCAACCGGCGGUCCGCUGCUCGUCAUGGAGUUCAUGCACCGCGGCUCCCUCCAUGACCUCCUCCACUCGUCUUCCAACUCCCCUGCGUGGCCUCGCCGCUUCGCCAUGGCACUCCAGCUCGCCCGCGCCGUCCUCUCCCUCCACGAGGCCGCGCCGGCGAUCAUCCACCGCGACAUCAAGUCCGCCAACGUGUUGCUGGACAGCAGGUGGAACGCGAAGCUGGCCGACUUCAGCAUCGCGGUUCGAAGAGACGACCGCAUGCAGCCACUCGACUCACCGAUUCCGGCGGGCACCAUCGGUUACUUGGAUCCGUGCUACGACGAGUCGGGCGAGUUAGGCCCCAGGAACGACGUGUUCAGCUUCGGGGUGGUGUUGUUGGAGCUCGUCAGCUGCAGGAAGGCGAUGGACAUGGAGCGCGAUCCAUCCUCCAUCGUCUCGUGGGCUCUGCCGAUUCUGAGAGCAAACCGGCUUGCGGAAGUCUGCGACGGGAGAGUAGCGUUGCCGGGCCGCAUGAAGAGGCCAAUCCGUCGGAUGCUAAGCAUAGCCGAGAAGUGUGUCUCGGAGAAGGUGGAGGGGAGGCCUUUGAUGGGGGAGGUUGUGAGGGAGCUGCAAGGGGUGGUGGAAGACGUGAUGCCAUGGCCAAUCUUGGGUUCUGUGAGGAGCAAGGUCUCCGAGGGAGUCCAUAAAAGUGUUCGAGCUUGGAGGAGGUGGGUCGAGAAGAGGGUCAACACAGGGAAGAGUGUUGUGUGCAAGAAUUACCUGCUUGAUGAUGGUGGGGCUGAUGAGUGUGGUGAUGAUGAGCAUGGCAAGCGCUUGUUGAUGUUUUCAGCUGAGAAGUAGGUGCUCAUAGCUUGAUUCCAGCAGCAGAAUUCACUCACACUGCAUGAGAGAGAGAGAGAGAGAGAGAGAGAGAGAGAGAGAGAGAGAGAGAGGAUAAAAGCCACCAGGCAGUAGGAGUUCUAUAUAGAUUUAAGGUUUCGGUUAUUGAUAUGUAUACUUUAAUGUUAAAGCACAAAUACUAUGUAAAAUCAACAUAUUUAUCUAAUUUAAUGUUGAUGCUUUAAUAAUAGUUACUUUUUUUUUUUUU